GGUUGGCGGCCGGUGGCCGGGCCGGAGGAUAGGAAGGAUGAAGGUGGUGUUCAGGACCGUGUUCGUCCUUUUGCUGCUAUCUGGGCGUUUCGCGGCCGCCGUGGAGCCCAUCAGCAUGGGGAUUGCUGUCGGGGUGGCCACCGCUCUGACUGGCCUUCUCAGUACCUUCCCCACGCUGUACUGCAGGCUCCAGGAGUGCUGUGAGGCCCGCUGGGUGGAGCUCAACUUCACAGGGUUGAAGAUGGACUUGGAAAACAAGCUGUUUGGACAACACGUUGCCAAGCAAGUUGUCUUGAAGGCAGUCAAAGGUUUCUUGAUGAAUCCAAACCCCAAAAAGCCCCUCACACUUUCACUACAUGGCUGGACUGGGACAGGCAAAAAUCUAAUCAGUAAAAUAAUUGCAGAGAACAUUUAUAGAAAUGGACUGGAGAGUAACUACGUUCAUCAGUUUGUCUCCACUUUGCACUUCCCUCAUCCUGAAUAUCUCAGCCAAUAUAAGGAACUGCUACAGAAAUGGAUACGCGGUAACGUUACCUUGUGUGGCAGGUCCAUGUUCAUUUUUGAUGAAAUGGACAAAAUGCAAGCAGGCCUUAUUGAUGCCAUUAAGCCUUACUUGGACUACUACGAUAACAUUGAUGGCGUAGUGUACCGGAAUGCCAUUUUCGUCUUCCUGAGUAAUGCGGGAGGAGAAAGGAUAACUGAGAUUACGCUGGACUUUUGGCAAAAAGGAAACAAAAGGGAAGAUAUUCAUUUGAAGGACCUUGAGAGUAAAGUAUCCCUUGGAGUCUUCAAUAACAAAAAAAGUGGAUUUUGGCAUACCAGUCUCAUUGACAAAAACCUGAUCGACUACUUUGUCCCUUUCCUUCCCCUGGAAUACAAACACGUGAGGUUGUGCGUCAGGGAAGAACUGAAAGCCCGGGGUUACGAGGAGGACGAACAUAUCAUGACGGAAAUAGCCAAUGAAAUGACAUACUUUCCAGAGAAAGAAAAGAUCUAUUCAGACAAAGGCUGUAAAACAGUGGCCACCAAAGUGGACUUUUAUUUGUAAUGUGUGUGUAUGUGUUUUUUUUAAAUCGGAAAAAACUUUGCUUUUCUACACUGGAUACUUUUAUAUAUAAAAGUAAUUAAAAUUGAAGCAGUCCAUUGACUGCGGAAAUGUAUGUUCUCCUUGACUUGGGGAUAUGGACAACACCUAUAACUACCUGUAGCGCCUUCCAUCCAAGCUGAGGUUAUCACAGGUUUUUCUUGGGGUGAUCUCAAGCAGCUAUUUAUGAAUUGGGAGUACCACACUUUGUUUACAUUGUAAUUUUCAACCAACUAUUUCAUACAAUGAGACAUCGCUUAUUAGACUAUUGUAAAAUCUAAUCAGUCAAGAGUGUGUUAUAUUUCAUGGAGUUGUUAUCCUUAAUCUGUGAUAUUAAAAUUUAUUUAUGUACUGUGAAUUUAUAUCCCAUCACCAUCCCAGGAGAGAUUGUGGGAAGUGGUAAUUUUUUGACCUCUUUCAUUGGGUUAAUGUACUUCAUGUGCAUUGGAUCCUCAAUUUCUUAUUCUCCUCGGUGGACCAGAUGAUCCAGGGGAAAGCCCCUUCAACACAGACCCUUUGGUUACUGAAUGAUAUUUUUUCAAUUUGCUUUGAGCUUAUCACAGAAUGGUCAAGGGAGCUUUUGCCUCUACAUUUUUAUCACUCGAAACACGAUGCAUUUUAAGUUUAAUCAAAGCCAAUUAAAAUGGUGGCAUUCCUCACAAACAGUGAAUCUUGUCUGUUUUAGCUUUUACUUUGUGUUGUACUGAAUAAUUCCUGCAGAUGCCUGGUUAGCCUUGGUGUCUCAUUCAAGGGUCUGGUUAUGUGAAUAACCCAAUAUAAAGUAAAAUAAUAUAUUAUGUAUUGUUACCUUUUUUAAAAGUGAAAUUUUUAACCAAAUUUUUCAUUGAUAAUAGGUUUUUAAAAAAAUAAAUUUGAAGAUGUUCAAA